UCAGGAUUUUUUAAAAAGCUUCGUCAUCAAUAGUAUUCCUCAGCUGUGAAUCUAACUGUUUAUUCAUGAACGAUAACAAAGUCGUAAUUAAAAUGCGCAAACAGCGAUUACACAGCUGUCUACUAGCGAACUCAUGGCAAAAACUGAUUGGUUUUGUUACAACACAUUGGGAAUUCCUGUUUCUAAUUUAAAUGCUAUCACUGACGAUGCUCAGACAUUGUAUCCACAUUUCUUUGCUGAGUCAUUCGUAACCUUCAAAAAAGCGUUUUAAAUUUUUACCAAAUUACAGAACGGAGAAAUUCACCUGUUAUUCUUUUGAGGAGACAAUGCAACCUGUUACUUUCGGAUCUUUGCAUUUCUUAGCAUUUUCAGUAAUUCUUAGUUUCAAUUCUCCUUUUUCCUGCGCAGUAGAGCCACACAAAGAUAAUUUUCACAAACACGAGCAUUUCGGUGCAAACCAGGAACACGAUGUACGCUACGAUCAUGAAGCCUUCCUCGGGCCAGAGGCGGAGGAAUUUGAUCAUUUAACUCCAGAAGAAUCCAAAAAAAGGCUUCGAGUUAUUGUUACAAAAAUGAUUGACACUAACAAGGAUGGUCUGGUUUCGGAAGAUGAACUCAGGGUGUGGAUAGAGAAACAGAGAAAGGCAUUCAUGUACGAAGAUGUGGACAAAAGGAUCGCUAAAGAGGACGAAGAUGGAGACGGUGAGAUUUCUUGGGAAGAAUACAGAAAAUCGGAAUACGGACAAUGGGAUAAUUAUGAUCUUCCGAAGGACCACAAUUUACGCCGUCAAAUGCGAAAAAAAGAGUACAAAUUCAACAUCACAGACGCAGAUAAAAAUGGUAAAAUGAACAGGGACGAGUACGUGGAUUUUGAGCAUCCCGAAGAGAACGUCAAAAUGCAAGAAAUUGCGUUAGAUGAAGUCAUCGAGGACGUGGACCAAAACGACGACGGCCUCAUUACCGUCGCCGAAUUUCUAGGCCAGUACCACGAGGAAAAAGAACCACCAGCCUGGGUAGUGCGUCACCGGGCAGAAUUUCACUCAAGGUUCGACAAAAACAAAGACGGUAAAAUGGACCGUGAAGAAGCGAGAGAAUGGGUCUUUCCCGAAAAGAAUGAUUCCCACGACGAAACAGCUCAUCUCAUCGACGGAACAGAUGAAAACGCUGAUGGAUUUCUCUCUGUUGAUGAAAUUUUACUUCACUGGAAUCUGUUUGUAGGAAGUCUAGCCACCGAUCAUGGUAAAACUUUGAGAAAAGUCAACCAUACGGAACUCUAGUUCACAGAAAAAGUUAAAUUAGGGUUACACGAUAUAUAUAUAUCCAUUAGUCUCAGUAUUCUGUCAAAGCCGACUCUCCUUUUUCUACCAAACCUUAUCUCUUUUGGUCUACAAAUAAAAAUCCUAGUAAUCAGCGAAGGCUUUUAUGUAUGCAAUUGCUGUUGAGCGCCGUAUAUCUGAGAUAUUUGCUUUCCAAAUUAAUUUUUUUGUUGUUUGGGUAAGUGAUAACAAGCACAGCCAAAGAGAUUGUAAAAUUUUCGGUUAAUUACGUUCUGUUUUGUUAAAGCUCAAGCUUAAAGUUUCCCAGUAAUGCUAAUAAUCUAUUUUACAAGAGGCAGUGAACGUCAUUUUAGAGUGUCAAGGUUUGUUGGGGAAGUAAAUUUCUUUUUGUCUUUU